ACUUGCAUUUAUGUGUGUAGAUUGCACAAUGCACACGCACGACUUGACGCUCAUCAGUGAAGUGCCGAAAUUGGUGUGCUAUUCCAUUCUUUCCUCUGCAAUCUUCUUGUUUAUUUGCUUUCACACCAUCAUCAGGAGUUCAAGUCAAUUGAAGCCGAUCCGUUUUCUUCUUAGCGCUCUCGGUUCCUUGACUGCGAAAAUUUCGAGCGCUAUAUUGUUCUCGUUCAAAUGUUUGGAUCACAACAGAAAUUUAGGCGAAUUUGCUGUUAGCUGUGUACUCUGUGCAAGGGAAAUGACUUACAACAGCACAAAUGGAAGUUCUUGCCCGCUACCAAUGAAAUCCACUUCAAAUGGUGGAUUUCAAGGAGAUAAUCCUCUUGAUUAUGCACUUUCUCUGGCUAUUUUGCAGAUAUGUCUUGUCGUUCUAGUCACAAGGGGACUGGCAUAUCUUUUAAAGCCUUUAAGGCAGCCACGCGUGAUUGCUGAGAUUGUGGGAGGAAUAUUACUCGGACCAUCAGCCUUGGGACGGAGUAAAAGCUAUUUGCAUGCAGUUUUCCCACCCACAAGUCUGACAGUAUUAGAUACUCUAGCAAAUAUCGGGCUUAUAUUUUUUCUUUUCCUAGCAGGGCUAGAGUUAGAUCCUAAAUCUCUGCAUGAAACAGGAAAGCAGGCCCUUGCCAUUGCUGUUGCUGGAAUAUGCCUCCCUUUUGCAUUAGGAAUUGGUACAUCAUAUGUUCUCCGAGAAACAAUUGCUAAAGAUGUGGAUAGUACGGCAUUUCUUGUAUUUAUGGGUGUGGCCCUCUCCAUCACUGCUUUUCCUGUAUUAGCUCGUAUUCUGGCUGAGUUGAAACUCCUAACCACCAACGUUGGAAGAAUGGCUAUGUCGGCUGCUGCAGUUAAUGAUGUAGCUGCAUGGAUUUUGCUUGCUCUGGCUAUUGCACUAUCUGGCAAGAGUCAAUCUUCACUUGUGCCAGUAUGGGUCUUCUUAUGUGGGUUUGGUUUUGUUACUUGUUCAAGCAUCACUGUCCCUCGUCUCUUCAGAUGGAUGGCCAAACGAUGCCCUGAGGGUGAACCAAUCGAAGAGACAUACAUAUGUGCUACACUAGUUGUCGUUCUGGCUGCAGGGUUUGCUACAGAUGCCAUUGGAAUUCAUGCCAUGUUUGGUGCUUUUGUUGUUGGAGUUUUGAUUCCAAAAGAUGGACCAUUCGCCGGUGCUCUUGUGGAGAAAGUAGAGGAUCUACUAUCAAGUCUUUUUCUCCCAUUGUACUUUGUGUCAAGUGGAUUGAAGACUAACAUAGCCACUAUUCAGGGGCUGCAAUCAUGGGGUCUUCUAGUUUUAGUGAUAUUUACUGCUUGUUUUGGGAAGAUUGUUGGCACUAUUGUAGUGUCUCGUUUCUGUAAGGUACCAUUGAAUGAAGCUUUGGUGAUGGGAUUCUUAAUGAAUAGUAAAGGCUUGGUCGAAUUAAUUGUCCUCAACAUUGGCAAAGAUAGGAAGGUCUUGAAUGAUCAGACCUUUGCCAUUAUGGUUCUUAUGGCACUCUUUACUACCUUCAUCACAACCCCUAUUGUCAUUUCUUUGUAUAAGCCAGCAAGAAAGGCAAAAAUUGCUGAUUACAAGUACAGAACAAUUGAAAGGAAAAAUCCUAACAGCCAGCUUAGGGUUCUUUCAUGUUUCCAUAGUGCGAGAAGUAUUCCAUCAGUGAUAAAUCUGAUUGAAUCUUCAAGAGGAAUCCAGAAACGUGAUGCACUUUGUGUAUAUGCAAUGCACCUUAAAGAAUUUUCUGAAAGGUCAUCAACCAUAUUAAUGGUACACAAGGCAAGAAAAAAUGGGUUGCCCUUCUGGAACAAGCGCCGCCAUGCUGAUUCUGAUCAUGUUAUUGUGGCAUUUGAGGCAUACCAGCAGCUAAGCCAAGUGUCUGUCCGGCCAAUGAUAGCGAUAUCAUCCAUGGCUGACAUGCACGAAGAUAUUUGCACGACAGCUGAGAGAAAGAGAGUCGCGGUCAUUAUUCUCCCAUUCCAUAAACAUCAAAGAUUGGGUGGUUCACUGGAGACCACGCGCAAUGAUUUCAGAUGGGUUAACAAAAGAGUAUUGGACCACGCUCCCUGCUCAGUUGGAAUUUUUGUUGAUCGUGGGCUUGGCGGUGCUUACCAUGUAUCCGCAAGUAAUGUCUCUUACUGUGUCACCGUACUUUUCUUUGGAGGUGAAGAUGAUCGUGAAGCCCUUGCAUACGGACUUCGUAUCGCCGAGCACCCUGGCAUAAGAUUAGUCGUUGUGCGUUUUGUUUUGGAUCCAAACCUUGAAGGAGAGAUUGUUAGAGUUGAUGUGGACAACUCUGGCACCAAAGUAGUCCCAGAAGAUGAGGAAUUCCUGAAUGACUUAAAGAAGAAAGAAGCCAAUGAUGACUCAAUCAACUACACAGAGAAAGUAGUUAAAAAUAGUGCAGAAACAAUUAUUGCUAUACAUGAGUUUAAUUGUUGCAAUCUGUUUCUCGUGGGUGCAAGGCCAAAUAAUGAAGUAGCCUUUGCUUUGCAAAAAAGUGAAUGCCCAGAACUUGGUCCUAUUGGUGCUUUAUUGGCAUCUCAUGACUUUCAUACAACAGCUUCAGUUUUGGUGAUGCAACAGUAUCACAAUGGAAUGUCAAAUAAUUCCACCUCAGAGAUAGAGCCACAGUUAACUCUUGAUGACUCAGAAUCAACUUGAUGGUCUCUCUUAAAACUAAUUUGUUACAUAAUACAGUUGGACAAGUGGAGAUUCUGAAAUUUACUCACUUAUAUAGUAGUAUUGUUUUUUGAGUUUUCAAUGAUCUUCUUUAUGAUAAAUGAUGGCAUACACAUGUCUUGUCCAUUGAAAAUAGAAAUUAUAUUUUUAUUUCAAAUAAA